CCGGUAGUGUUCACAUGUGUUUGUGUAACAUGUAAAGAAAGUCAGUUGUGUGUCCUCUGAAAUGACACAGUCGCGUCCAUGGCGGCUCACCUGAAGAAGCAGUUAAAAGAUGCAGUCAAGGUCCUCGGCUCAGGUGGCAUUCUGUUUGCUUCCUACCUGACUGUGGUUGGGGAUGAGCGUUUCUAUGCCAACCAGCUGAUGCCCCUGCUGCAGAGGAUUGUGGGAGCAGAGGCUGCACAUGUGUUGGCAGUGAAGAUGAUCGGUCUGGGUUUGGUUCCUCUAAAUCGCUACAAGGACCCUGCAUCACUGGAAGUAAACACUCUGGGAUUAAAGUUCAAAAACCCCAUUGGCAUUGCAGCGGGCUUCGACAAGCACGGAGAGGCUGUGGACGGUUUGUACAAAAUGGGUUUUGGCUUUGUUGAAGUGGGCACAAUCACUCCCAAACCUCAGGAGGGGAACCCCAAACCACGCGUGUUCCGACUGCUUACAGAUCAUGCUGUCAUUAACAGAUAUGGAUUCAACAGCUGUGGUUUGGCAGACGCACGGCAGCGGCUGAAGACGAGAGAAGAAACACAACAAGAGCAAAGUCAAGCUGGCCUUCCCCUGGGCAUCAACCUGGGGAAGAACAAGCUGUCCCAGGACGCGGGGGCAGAUUACUUGGAGGGGGUGAGGACGAUGGGCCCACUGGCGGACUACCUGGUGAUUAACAUCAGCAGUCCUAAUACGCCCGGUCUGCGAGAUCUGCAGGGGAAAGCUGAGCUCCAGCAGCUCCUAAAUAUAGUGCUGAAGGAGCGUGACGCCCUGCAGGGACAACACAAGCCUCCUGUCCUGGUGAAGAUUGCUCCCGACCUCACAGCACAGGACAAACGAGACAUUGCUGAUGUCGUCACUGAGCUGGGAGUGGACGGGUUAAUGGUGACUAACACCACCGUGUCCAGACCGGAGACGCUCAAAGAUCCACACAAGUCUGAGGUCGGCGGGCUGAGUGGCCAGCCGCUCAAAGACCUCGCUACCAGCACUGUACGAGAGAUGUACUCUCUCACCAAAGGUAAAAUUCCAAUUGUGGGUAUUGGCGGCGUGGCCAGUGGGCGGGAUGCUAUGGAUAAGAUCCGAGCUGGCGCCUCGUUGGUUCAGCUGUACACGGCUUUGACCUAUCAGGGUCCACCUGUAGUGACAAAGGUCAAGCGGGAACUGGAGCAACUUCUCAAAGAUGAGGGUUUCAGCAGUGUUUCCGAGGCAGUGGGGGCGGAUCACAGAGGAGCGGACGCGGGAACCCGUAAGCAGAAGCCGCUGAAAGAGGCGACACAUGUGCACACAUAAACUUGAGGCUCAGCUGAAAUCAACUACUGUGUCCUGAACUGCCAUGGAUGUUUAGUAUUUGUGAUAGUUGUCGUUAAAUAUCAUAUUUUGAGGCGAACAAGUGGUGGAGACAUCAAAUUUUGUCUUUACUUUAAAAUAAUGAAGUGAACAUUGAUCUAAAUCAUGAGUUGAAAUGUGCAUUUGUUGCCGAUCUAUAAAGGAUUUUAUAAUUCAUAAA